AUGAUGAAGAAUUCAGCAGUUGUGAGUUUUCGAUUUGUUUUUUUUUGUCUGAAAAUUAUUUCGCUUAUAGAAUCAACAAAUUUACAAAGUAUUAUGCAAAGGAUGCAAUAAUAUAUUAACAAGAGAUGAAGCUAUUUCAGUAAGAAACUUUUGUGAGAAAAAUACAAUCCAAAAUAUUUUUAGGGAAAAGUUAUUAAAUUGAACAAUGAUUUGUAUCACAUAAAUUGUGCCAAAUGUUCGAGUUGCGAGGUAUUCAAAUUUAUAAAUUAUAUAAAAAGUGAGAUCGAACAUCUAACUAAUAUUGCAGACAACAAUUGGAAUUCGUGCAGCUUAUCCUUCUUCAGUCGGAACAUUUCUUUGUAGUGAAUGCAAUUUAAUGGCUAAUGCUCCAAAAUGUCAUGCUUGUCGAAAAAGCACUUUCGAGAAAUGUGUUUCAGCAUUUGAUGUUCAUUGGCAUCAAUCAUGUUUUAAAUGUCGAAAAUGUUCGAGACCAUUUCAACGUGGGUUUUUUCAUUGGGUUCUAAAAAUAAUUUUCUUCACUGAAAAUUCAAUUGCUCUGAAACUGUUCAGAAAACCCGGGAAGCAUUUUUUUACCAGAAUAUUUUAGGUAUGGAAUACAUUAUUCACAAAGGAUUUGCUUAUGAUGAAGAUUGCUAUUAUCAGGAAACAUUGAAUAUUUUGAAAGAUGAUGAACCGAUUAAAGAAUGA